CCUUCCCAUUUCAUAACUAAAAGUUCAACAUUGCGUAAUUUCCGGUGUACAUUAUCAACGGUAACGUUCUUCCGCUGUUGCGUUACCAUAGUGACCAAAGGUAUACACAAUAAACACAAAUAUUAUUCAACCUAUCCGUCCGUUUAAGAUUAGUACUCUUUUCGAUCAGAUUCCUUUUUCGUCAUAUUUUGUGGCUCCGAUUUACAAAAAUCAUCUUCCGGAGAUAACUUGAUUAACAAUCAAUUCACGUGUUCGCUUCAAUAAACAGCUACCGACGAUGAGUGAAUUCAAUUCGAUGGAAAUUGAUAUCAGCGAAACGAUUCAAGACAUUGCAUUGAAGCUGGUCACGGAACAGAUGAAAAAUGAAACCAGCUUGUCGAUGGUACCGAAUGAAAGAACUGUUUUUGUUCUUGGGAGCAAAGGAGUGGGGAAGUCUACACUCAUCAACAGAUUCUUAGACAGAGAUGAUAUCCCUCGGCCAACUUUAGCGCUAGAGUAUUCCUUUGGACGAAGAACAGCGUCCGGCCAGGGUGCACAGAAAAAUAUCUGCAACGUGUGGGAGUUGGGUAGUUUGGUAAAUUCGAGUCAACUCAUAGAAGUUCCCAUCCGAUCGCACGGUUUAGCGACAUUUGCUGCAGUUAUUAUGUUGGAUCUAUCCCAACCGGACCGUUUGUGGACGGAUUUGGAAUGCGCGCUCAACGGAUUGAAACAAGCGAUCGCUAAAAAUUAUUCCUCGAAAGACGUAAGCGAAAUGCACACCGUCAUGAAACAGAAAAUAGGCGCAGACCACGUGGACUUGAAUACAUUGGAAAUUCUACCAUUUCCUGUGAUGAUUGUUGGUGGAAAGUACGAUGUAUUUCAGAACAUUGAUUCGGAGGUUAAAAAGCAUGUCUGCAGGUGCCUUAGAUCGAUUGCGCAUACUAUUGGGGCAUCGUUGAUUUUCUACACUUCCAAAAAUGCUUCACUGUCGAAAAUUACUCGUGACGCUAUCAAUAAUCUUGGUUUCGGAAGUCCGUCGUCUCCUUUGAAGGCAACGGUUACGGAUCACAACAAACCAAUUGUUAUCCCAUUUGGGGGAGACUCGUGGGAGAAAAUAGGAGUAACACCUACCAACUCGGAACGGAUAGGUAUACACUAUAGCGCUCAGAUACCACAAGUUGGCACAGAAACAGCUGUGAUUCCAGAUGAUCCCGCAAAGGAUGCUGGGUUCAAAGAGCGUGUGAUUGACGAGCUUCGUAGCCAGAAGGACGAAGAGCUAAUGAGAUUACUGAAAGACACGGAGAUUCGUAUGAAAUUCGAAAUGGUGCAGUAGCAGAAUAACACGAUCCUGCACUACAUGCUUUUUGAAGCCAACAUCAAUAAGUGAUGAAAAGUUAUAGAAAAAUUAAUGAAAUAGUAUACUGUCAUUAUGAAAUAAAA